GUUCGACGGAUAACCAAUAAUCCUCGACAAGGAUAUUUAACGUCAACAUCAUGAAGUUGAUGCGUACAGCGACUACGCUGGCUCUGGUGCUGCUGCUGGCCACCAGCUAUGCCCAGGCUGGCGAGGAGAAGAGCGAGGCUGCCGAGAAGACGGCAGCUGAGCCGUCUGAGAAAAAGGCUGAGGAAUCAGCAGCGGCUGCUGAUGAUACCACAAAAUCGAAACGUGGCCUGCAUCAUUAUGAGGAUUACCAUCAUCAUCAUGUACCACACUUCCCGGUGCAUGAGGAGAAAACUCUGACCGUGAUCAAGAAGGUGCCAGUGCCAGUGCCAAUCGAAAAGAUUGUCCAUGUGCCCGUGGAGAAGCAUGUACAUGUGCCUGUCAAAGUCAAGGUGCCCAAGCCAUAUCCCGUUGUCAAGCACGUGCCCUAUGAGGUUAAGGAGAUCGUGAAGGUGCCCUACGAAGUGCCAGCGCCAUAUCCCGUUGAAAAGAAGAUACCCUAUGCCGUCCAUGUGCCCUAUGAUCGUCCAGUGCCCGUCAAGGUACAUGUGCCCGCACCCUAUCCAGUUGAGAAGAAGGUCCAUGUGCCAGUCAAAGUACAUGUGCCCGCUCCUUAUCCCGUCGAGAAAAUCGUUCACUACAAGGUAGAGAAGCACGUGCAUGUCGACAAGCCUUACCCCGUCGAAAAGGUUGUCCACUACCCAGUCAAGGUGCCCGUUGAGAAGCCAGUGCCCCACUAUGUGGACAAGCCAGUGCCCCAUUAUGUGGACAAGCCAGUGGCCGUGCCCGUUAUCAAGAAGGUGCCAGUGCCCGUCCAUGUGCCCUAUGAUCGCCCCGUGCCCGUUCAUGUUGAGAAGCCAGUGCCCUAUGAGGUGAAAGUACAUGUGCCCGCACCUUAUCCAGUGAUCAAGGAAGUGCCAGUCAAGGUUGAGAAACACGUUCCAUACCCCGUCAAAAUCCCAGUGGAGAAGCCCGUUCAUGUUCACAUCGAGAAGCAUGUGCCAGAGUAUCAUGAGAAGCACGUCACCUACAAGGAGCCCGAGUUUGUGCACAAGCACAUUGAGGAGGAGCACCAUUAUCAUCAUCAGGAACAGCACCAUGAGCCCAUCCAUCAUUCAUCAUAUUCAGCACCCAUUGAGGAGCAUCAUCAAGAACAAGAGCAUGAGCAUUGAGAAAAUCGGUUAUGAACGGUAACGGUUAUGAGAAUGGAUAUAGCUAAACUGAACAAAAC